AUGCAGGGAUAUUCAUAUACGCCUCCUACAGGUCCUCCCCGCGAGGGCCAGAAGAACUAUGUGUUUGUUGAUGAGCAUAAUAGGCACAAAAGGCUCAAAGUCAUGCGUGCAUGCAAUGGUUGUAGGAAGCGAAAGAUCAAGUGUGAUGCUGCUACGACAAACACUUGGCCCUGUUCAGCCUGCACUCGACUAAAGCUUAUAUGCGUACCUCCGACUAUUGGCCAAGAGGGCGAUUUCUCUUCGGGACAAGGUCACGAAUCUUACCCUACCAACUCAACCGACACACUUAAUGCGCCAGAACCCUCGCAGUUGACUGCGUAUCAAACCUACCGGGACGGCGUUUCGCCUCAUGGACAGGUCAUCCAUCAGUACAGUGACGGAGUGGGUUCAUUCUCUCAUUAUUCGCCUGCCCAGCCGGGUCUUUAUGAAACAAGAUCGCCGCAUGAAGUCGUUGCAACCGAAUCAUAUCAGUCACAGCAGCUGUUUCCUGUUUCCCAAGCACAGCCUGUAGGACCCAGCGAUGGUAUAGAUUUUGGUGACCACGAGCAUUCCACCGCGGAGAAUCUCAGUGAAGUACUGGGCGAACUAAGAAUUGAUGAAACCGGCAUCGCACCAUAUAUUCGGCAGCAAAGGACAGACAAAACCGAGCCUGAAAUCCCGACACAGGACGAGGCGGAGGAGAGUCUGCCUCCACUUCGUACUGGAUCCGGCUCCAAAAUCCGCAUUCCCCCGGAACUCAUGCCUUCUGAUGAUGAAGUUAUGUAUUAUUUCAAGGUCUAUUUUGGCGAAAUUCAUCCCUACGUUCCGGUUGUUCACCGGGCGCACCUGUAUUACCAGUGGCAGCAUGAUCGAAAAUCCAUCUCGCCUCUUUUGCUUGAAGCCUUAUUUGCGUGCGCAGGCAGGUUGUCGGAUGAUCCGGCCCAAGGGGCGCAGUGGUUGGCGUUGGCGACUAGACACGAGUCUAGCUUCAUGGAUGUUCCACGCCUGAGCACGAUCCAGGCACUUCUCCUUCUCUUAAAAGCGCGAGAGUCAUUGCCUAAAAAGGGUUAUUAUUAUAGAUCUUGGCAAACCGUCAAGACAAUCAUAUCAAUGGCCAAGGACUUGGAUAUCCAUGAACACUACAACAACCAUGUCGAAGAAAAGACAUGUACUCUAAGCCCGGUUGAAUGUCUGGUUCAAACCAGGGUUUGGCAGGCCCUCCUGAUAGUUGAGGUCAUGAUAGGUGCUCCCCAAGGACGCUCUGACUAUGGCGUGGAUCCACAAACAGUCAACACGCAGCCUGAGCUCGACGUUGAAAACAUGGAUCAGUUUGAGAUUGAUCGAUCUAGGCAGUAUGCCUAUUUUGUUCGGAACGCCCGCCACAUUCGCAUACUUACUGAUGUUUAUCACAAAAUCAAGAGGCAAAAGGACUGGGGCUCUAAUUCAAAGUUCGUCGAGAACAACCCGCUUUUCGCCGACUGGUUGCAAAGCCUUCCUGCAGAUUUGCAGGUCAAUUACCCUCCUGACGGUUCCCCUCCCUGGAUCCCUUCUCAUUUCGUCGGGAAUAUGCAUUCACACUGUCAUUUGGGUAUAGUCCUUUGCCAUCGACCACAAUUGAUUGCCUCAAAGUUCCCUGCUGGUGGAAAUUGGAAGAUGCAUAUGGCGUUAUGCUACUCGUCUGCAAAGUGUCUCUGUAGGCUCCAAGAGGCGAUCCUGGCUCGUUUUGGGUUGUCGGGUCUUCUCUACAUGCAAAGAGGCAUCAAUUUCACCAUCUAUUGUAUAUUGACAUGUACAAUGUUGCAUCUGGUUGCCAUCACGUCUCCUGACCCCGAGUUCCAUACUGACGCGCGGGAAUACUUUACACGCCACAUGCGCAUACUUGAACGAUGCUCAUCGGCUUGGCCUAUGCCCGAGAUCCAAGCGCAGAUUGACUCUUUACGGCUUGCGUUUUCCGCCAACAUAAACCGCCCGUUUGAACUCAAAGCCACAUUUCCUUACGGCAGCCCUUCCGAACCGUACCAACCCAGCCCUACUCUCGAGACGCAAUAUCAUCCACAAUCCAGCCAGAUCUCCAGUCUACAAGAAAGAGCUGGCUUCCACCCUUACCCUAUAACUCCUCCGAUAUCGGCUGGCACUGAAGACUCCAAGUCCGGUACGCCGCAACUACACCCCCCAGGUAUACUCCCAACGCAUCCCGUCCAUACAGAGACCCCGUUGGUCGAUGAGAACAGUUGGGAUCCCACCCGUAUCAUCAACCAAUGGGACAUGGCAUUCUCAUUCAGUCCUGCUGUGAACACAAACUCGCCGCCAAUGGGAAUCCCUGGAACGUCGCAAGGGCUGCAACCUGCUCUGGUGGAUCAGUAUGCCUUGCAAUAUCAACAACCAGCUAAGCCAUUAGUCACACAAGCCUCAUCAGUACCCCAGCCACAGAUGAGUGGGCAGCCAGUGGUGUUCACAGCGCGCGAUUGGCAGCAAAGCGUGGCAAGCGUGUAUGAUCCGCAUGGUCUGAAAAGGAGAUGGAACUACUCGGUUGAUAUGGGAAUGGAGAAUAACGCCAAACGGCCUCGUUGA